AUGGUAGGGCUAGGAAACAGCUGCCGAGGGAUGAAGUCUCCACCGCUCCUCGUGGCUGCUCUCGUGGCUUGCAUCGUUGUUUUGGGUUUCAAUUACUGGAUUGCCAGUUCCCGCAGCGUGGAUCUGCAGGGUCGGAUCCUGGAUCUGGAAGGCAAAGUCCGGAGGGCGGCAGCAGAGAGGGGCGCCGUGGAGCUCAAGAAGAAUGAAUUCCGAGGGGAGCUUGAGAAGCAGCGAGAGCAAAUUGACAAAAUCCAGUCCUUGCACAGCUUUCAGAUGGAAAAUGCCAACAGAGUACAUCAGGAAGAGAAGGCAGUGCUGAUGAAUAACAUCACAGUAAAUGAACGAUUGAUCCAGAAUCUACGAGAACACCUGAAAGAGUUGCAGACAGAAUAUGGAAAGCUACAGCUGGAUGUUUACUGGUUUCAAAAGAACCAGACUAACCUUCAGAGGAAGUUUUCAUACGACCUGUAA